GGAAGAAGACUCUGAGCUCUUCUGUUGUGUGUUUAAACAGCCUGUCAGGAGAGCCAACUUUAUGACCCACUGCUGGGUUCUAACACACACUCCCUGUAAAUAUUCAAUCAGGUAUGGUGGUGCCUGCUCGCUAUUGUGGGCGGAGAGGAAGGUAGAUCAACAACCAGAGUGACAGGUGAGUGUAGAUCUCAGGUGCAAGGUGAGAGUGCUGAGGAUGUGCUCUCUUCCUCUCGUCUGUGCAUCUGUUGUGGUAUUCUGUCUGGAGCUGGUUUGUGUGUUGUGUGUGUGUCGGUGUGUGUGUGUGACAGAAAGAUGUUAAAUACAGGGGUUGGAUGCUGUGUGUAGAGAGGUCUUUAAUUAGAGCAGGAAGACAGAGCUCCCGGAGACACUCUACUCUAGACUUAAGGGUGGGAGAUUGUGUGUGUGUGUGUGUGUGUGUGAGGACUGGUUCUGAAACAUCCUGCACGUGUCAAUAGUUUGAGGGUGUCUGCUGUUGUGUGUGUGUGUAUCUUGAUAUAUGAAUCCCAAAAAUGUGCAGAAGCCCUUUUAGAAAGUCAAUCCUAUACGACCACCGUCGACUGAACAUCCAGAGACUGUCUAGUUUAUUAAACUUACACAAGUCUGAUUACUGUUCAUUAUAACCGUAUAUAUUGUUUAACACUCAGUUGGGUCUGAGGAAUCUCCGGUGAGUCUCAGCUAAGUAGCUAACAGUGAAUUGUGUCCAGUCGACCGUACCUGAUUGCAGGAUAAGUGGUUUGCUGCUGUACUGGUUUAUACUAAGGCACCGAUUUGUUUCUUGUUGAAACAUUCCAGUGUACCCCAGUGUGUCCCUAGGCAGUAUAAUCAUGUGUCCAUUUUUUCAACAUCCACAUAGCGUAUUAGAAAGAGCAACAAACAAAAACCAAAAGUGAUAGAGUGAUUGGAGCUAAAACCAAGUGUUUCUGACAGAGGCUGAAAAGAGAAGCCGCAAAACUGGACGGCACGAGGAAAGUCACGUGUUUCUGAACAUUAGAGCCUGUCAACCUUUUCAAGUAAAAAUUGGGAACCUGAAUAUGAGCUUAAUAUGUCUUCUUUAAUAAUCCAUGUUUUUUGUUUGCUGAAGUGACCAAACUUCUAUUGUCUAUAUAAAUCCAAUUUGUUUUUUAAUCAUCGUCCUUCUCAGGUUUGGGUCCACACUUCCUCUAGUUUUGUCAUAAGGUGAAACAACCAACUAUGUCACUGUGAAGUGCUGACUGGAUCUUGAUGUAUAAACUGUACAGUUAAUAUAAGUUAUUUUUCCACACUCUCCCUCUGCAGCUCCCAUGUUUUCGUCCAGCCAUGCUCCCUGGGUAUGGAUUCUCACCUUUUCCUGAUUUCCAACCUCACCUUCAUGCUUUUCGCUGCGGGGGAGAGAGCCCCAGCAUGUGGAUCCCUGGCUCAGGAGAGUCCCAGGCUCUGAGCGAGGUCCAGGAGGACAGGCCUCUCCUCCACCCGUGCCAUCUCAAGCAUGUUGCAGUGUGCCAGGAGGAAACAUUGGCUUUUAUUGAGCUACAACCACCAGUGGCUCCGAAACUAAACGGCCUCAGCUCCCCAAGGCAGGCUGUUACUCCAGAUGCACAAUGCAUUACACACACUCUUUCAUUGAGUGGUUACAGACACACACUAAAUGAGCUGAACGACAUGAAGAACGGCUGCCACAGGACAGACAAUGAACAUGAAACAACUUUGAAUUUAAACUCUCAUACAACUGUGGGCGAUGGCGAACCCGAGCGGACUGAAAAGCCACAAACUGUCACCACGGUAUGUCAUCCCCCCCACACAGCUCUUAGCCUCCCUCUGUCGUUCCCUCUGUCCUCUCUAUACACAAACACAGACUCAUGGGAAUCUCAGUUACCUUGUUCACCAUCCUCACCUGAAGGUCCAGGGUGUCUGAGCCAAAACUCCUGCCAGCUACAGAGGAGAACAUCACAGGGUUCAGUGAAAGAAAAGUCAAUCCGGCGAAAGAUGCAGGUUUAUUCUCCAGAUAGCACGAGUGAAGAGUCUCUCAGCAGCCCGAUCCUGGACUACAUCUUCCCUGGACCUUUUGCAUCCUUUCUAGAGGAGGACCUCAGUGGAUUAUCCUCCCUGGAGACUAUGUCAAGUCCCUCAUCCACAGACGUUGCUACAGAUCUCCCAGGCCUCAGUCAUGAGGAUAUUUUUGAUCUACCCACAGAGCCACUGCAAAUAAUAGAGGACUCAAUACUGGGGAUGAGGGAAGAGAGCGGGAGUGUAGAGAUGUCCAGUGCCUCGGGGGGGAGCAUUUUGUCACGCAGUCGUCAUGGGGACCAAGAGCGGCGACGCUUCUCUGCCUCAGAACUCAUAUCUAGACUUCAGCUGUCUCAGAGGAAGAACUCCUUCACCCUGAAGCUUGGGAAGUCGCUGUCAGCACGGGUAGCCUCCAGGGAAAGACAGAGCCCCAACAGCCUCUGUCCCAGCCCUGACUAUAAGUCCAACUCCAGGCACCAAAGCUCAGGAGGUUCUAGUAACAGCGCCCCAAACAGUCCUGAAGGACCUGCACCUCCUCUGCCCAGCAGUGACAGUGGGAUGCCGCUGCAUAGAUGGAGCACAAAACUCGGAAUGCGAAAGAAAUCCAUUGAAGACGACUUGGCCACACUUCCAACUGUUGCUAAUUCAAAUCGGCUGUCAAGGUUUUUACCGAGUUCGAUUCUGUACCAGGAAUACAGUGACGUCGCCAUCAACAGAGAGAUUCAGAGGCAACAGGGGAAGGAGCCGGGCACAGAGGACGAGGGGCUCAGGGACGAGGGGUCUGACGGGGACCCGUCUCCAUCAAACCUGUCUCCAUCCAGCUCCUUCCGCUCCUCACGAGGUUCUGCUUUUGCACUGUGGCAGGAUAUACCCGAUGUAAGAACCAGUGGUCAGCUUGACAAUUUCAGCAAUGAGGAGAGGAAGUUACAAGAGGCAAAGUUUGAGCUGGUGACCUCUGAAGCAUCGUACAUCCGCAGCCUAACUAUCGCUGUGGACCACUUCAUGCUGUCGCAGGAGCUCGCUGAGUGUCUUGGAGCUCAGGAUCGGCAGUGGCUCUUCUCCAAGCUGCCUGAGGUCAAAGAUGUCAGUGAGAGGUUCCUUCAGCACCUGGAGCGCAGACUGGAGCUAGACAUUCUGCGUUUUGAUGUGUGCGAUAUUGUCCUGGAUCACUGCCCGGCUCUGCGAAGGGUUUAUUUGCCUUAUGUAACCAACCAGGCCUACCAAGAACAGACAUACCAGCGUUUGCUGCACGACAACCCUCGUUUCCCCGGCAUUCUGGCUCGUUUGGAGGAGGACCCCAUCUGCCAAAGACUUCCCCUGACCUCUUUUCUAAUCCUCCCAUUUCAGAGGAUCACACGGCUUAAAAUGCUGGUGGAGAAUAUCUUAAAGAGGACAACACCAGGCUCCCGAGAUGAGGACACUGCCACGAAAGCUUUCAAUGAGCUGAAAAAGAUCAUCAAAGAAUGUAACUCCAGCGUACAGUCGAUGAAGAGGAUGGAGGAACUGAUUCACCUCAAUAAGAAAAUUAAUUUCGAGGGAAAGAUCUUUCCUCUGAUCUCUCAGUCUCGCUGGCUGGUGAAACACGGUGAACUCCUGGAGGUGGACACGCAAACAAUGAGUAUUUCUGGAUCCAAGCUGAAGUUACCCACCAAGCCUGUGUACCUGCACCUUUUCAACGACUGUCUCCUGCUGUCCAGGAGGAAGGAUACCUGGAAAUUCAUGGUGUUCGUACAUGCCAAGAUAGGAGAGCUGAAAGUGAAGGAUCUCAGUCAGAAGCUGCAGGGCAUCUCAGGCUUCAUCUUCCACCUGCAGCUGUGUGAAGGCCAGCAGCUCAAACACCAGAUCCUGCUCAAAUCCCACACUGAGAGCGGGAAGCAGAGAUGGAUCACAGCAAUGUUUCCGUCCAACCCUUUGGAAGACAUCGAGCAGGCCAAUGAGAAUGAUGAUAUAUCCCAGGUCCAGUGCAUCAAAAGCUAUCAGGCCCAGGAGCACGAUGAGUUAACACUGGAAAAGGCCGACAUUCUUCACGCUAAAACCAUUACAAGUGAUGGCUGGGUGGAAGGCAUCAGACUGUCAGAUGGGGAACGGGGCUGGUUCCCCAAAACCUACGUGGAGGAAAUCACGAGUCGCAGCGCGCGCCUCCGCAACCUCCGGGAAAAUAUCCGUAUCAAAUGUGUCACACAGAAACUGGAGGGAGAUGAGUGACCAGUAUAAAAACAGCUAGUCCUGUGUCAGAGGUGCAAUUUAACCGUUUAUUUUUUAAGGCUUCUGGCUCUUUCUUUUAAUUUAGAUGGAUGUGGGAGCCUUAUGUAGUUUGCAGGUUCUUCCAAAAGCCAACACUUUUGACUGCUUUUACUAGUGUCCUUUAAUAUGCUAACUAUUACAGUACAAAGCCUCUGCUUUUCCGUCACAGUUUUACAAUAACACUUAUUCAUACAACAUAAGUCUAUUGACGCAUGCUGUCUGUGAAGGCAUUUUAAUAUGAUUCAAAAUCAGAGAAAAUAAUCUAGUAUCUCUAUUAUAAAUGUGAGGUACACUGUGCAUGAAUGCACAUUAAGUAGAAUGCAUCGUAAACUGAGCUCUGUGAGGUGCAGGACAUUUAUUCAUGUAUUAUUACCACUGUAGAAAGUCACCUGAGGCAGAUCCUACUGCUUAGCUUCAUCCCACACAUCACUGGCUUCUUAUCUUUGGUCUUUGUUCUGCUGAUUUAAUUUCAGUACACUACACAUCAGAAACACUACAGCGCACCAGUUAGUUUCCCUCCAUGUGUUAAAGAGGUGGAUUGUUAAAAUAAGCCUUAAUAUUUAUUAAAAAGGAAAACACCGUCCCCGUAUGUACUGUUAAUGGUGUUUAGUAACAGUAAUCCGGCCUGCAUGAACACCCACAAUUGGGUUAGGUGUAGCUAUUAUUAUUUUUACUGAAACUGUAAUGUCUGAACUGUCUCUUUAGAGGGCUGCACUACACAAAUACUUUCAAUGCUCCAAUAGGAUUGUUAAAGUAAAUAUUUGUUUUUAAUUCCAUGAAAGAACCAAAGCACAACAAUAAAUUUAUUUUACUGACAAGUGCUUAUUCUCCUGAUUCAUAAAGUUACUACUGGGACUUCACACCAUUCCACUGUUGUAACUACCAACUAGAGUAUUAAAUAUAUAUGAAUCUGCCUGUGAAUAUAGACCCCGACAAAUUCACUGUUUACUCAGGUUGAAAUAAUAUUUUGGUAAAAACUUCAGUUCCGAGUUAUUUUAGUGAUUUAUGAAAUAUUUUAGAUAUAUGCUCAUGACAUGUCUGUUUUUAAAGGCAUUGAGCCCCUGGCAGGAUAUAAUGGACUUGUAAUUUAAAUUAAAAAAACAAUACCAUAUUCAAAAUGUGCAAAUCUAGCUUCAAAGUACAUAUCAAUUUAGCAGCAGCUCAGUGAGGCUUGAUGUUAUUGCAUUCAACACAAAACAAUAGUUCUGAGUUGAAUCAAAGCCUUCAUAUCAAUAGUGUUAAAAUCCCCAUAUGAUCCAUAGUGCAGUGUAACUGUGCUAAAUCUGUUGUUAAUGAACCACUCUAAUCAACAUUCAAAUGUAAACUCUACUAGUGGCACAUUAAAUGUUUAUAACCCAACUUUUUUUUCUUUCUCUAAGUUGUUAGUUGUAAUUUAAAUUGUUGCUAUGGCUGCCUGUGUAUUUAUACUCCUCUAGCUGGUUGUUCUCUAAGGAGAUUCUUGAUGUAAAUGUAAUUUUCUGUAGAUGGCCACAUGUAUAAAGAGUAGAAAAUUGUUCAUUUACUUUUUUUAACAGUAAUUUAUAUAUAAAAAGAUAUCAUGGCAUUCCAUAGUUAUAAACUUUGUAUUCAGAGUGAUUUCUAAUAAACCAGUGAAUAAAGAUACUGUGAUACACUGGAUGUUUACUGGAUAUCUCAACACUACUGUAAAUGUUUAACCACUGAAAUAAAAACACUUCCAUUCUA